AUGCCCCGGGCGGAGCGGGCCCCCCUGGCAGAACGCGAUGUGGCAGAGCGCCCGCCCGCUACAACGCGACCGGACGGGUCUCCCCGCCGCCCGCCGCCCGCCGCCCCUAGGCCAGCGGGUUGGGCGGCGGAUGACCGCCCCGCCCCGGCCAUGAGGAGGAAGGCGGCCGGGGCCGGCGCCCCCGGGGCCCGGCCGGUGAAGAAGAGGAAGGCCAUCACCCUGGAGCAGAAGCUGGACGUCAUCGGGCGCUACGAGCGCCACGAGAGGACCUGCGACAUCAUGAAGGCCACGGGCUUCGCCGAGGGCACGCUGCGCACCAUCCGCGCCAACGCCGAGAAGAUCAAGGAGCACUGCACGGCGGCCACGCCGGCCAGCGCCUGCCGCAGCGCCCGCACCAGGCCGCGGCGCAUCGAGCGGAUGGAGAGGCUGCUCAGCGCCUGGAUCGAGGCCCAGACGGCCGGGGAGGCGGGGACCGUGCUCCUGGGCCUCAACCAGUCCAUCCGGCGGAAGGCCCUGGCCAUCUACGAGGACCUGAAGGCCAACUACCCCGACGAGGAGGCCCCGCCCUUCAGCGCCAGCUCGGGCUGGUUCGCCGGCUUCAAGAACCGCUACCUGUACAACUGGCGCAACGCCGGGACGCCGGGCGGCCCCGCCGGCGGGGGCGCGGCGGCGGGCGGGGGCAUCGUGGAGGAGGGCGGCUACUCCCCGAAGCAGGUCUUCAACCUCGACGACGCCGGCCUCUUCUGGAAGCGGCUGCCGGCCCGCACCUACCUCUCCAGGGAGGAGGCCUCGGCCCCGGGCUUCCGGGCGGCCCGGGACCGGGUGACCGUCAUGCUGGGGGCCAACGUGCACGGCGACUGCAAGCUGAAGCCCGUCGUGGCCUACCACGCCGCCAACCCGCCGGCCCUCAACGGCCUGGUGAAGCACCACCUCCCCGUGCACUUCCGGCCCAGCAAGAGGGGCCGCGUCACGGGCAGCAUCUUCUCCGAGUACUUCUCCGGCCCCUUGCACGACGAGCUGCGGCUCUACUGCCGGCGGGAGAACAUCGCCUUCAAGAUCCUCCUCGUCCUGGACCGCGCCCCCGGCCACCCCUCCUGCGUGGCCGAGCUGUCGGAGAACGUCAAGGUCAUCUUCCUGCCCCCCGACACGGCCUCCCUGCUCCAGCCCAUGGACCAGGGCGUCUUCACCGUCUUCCGCGUCUACUAUCUCCGCCGCAUGCUCGGCGAGCUGAUGGAGGCGACGGCCGGCGAGGGCCGGCCCAGCGUCAGGGAGUUCUGGAAGGGCUUCAACAUCAAGAACGCCAUCGACCUCCUGGCCCUGGCCUGGACCGACGUGGCGCCCGCCUGCCUCAACGGCGGCUGGCGGAACCUGCUGCCCCAGAUGGUGGUCGACUUCCGGGGCCUCGACGGCCAGCUGGUCCUGCUCAGGCGGCUCCGGGCCCAGUGCGUCACCCUGGCCAAGGAGGUCGGCUUCGACGAGGUGGAGGCGGGCGACGUCGAGGAGCUGCUCGAGUCCCACGGCGAGGAGCUGUCCGCCGAGGAGCUGCUGCAGCUGCUGGCCGAGGUCAAGGCCGAGGGCGCCGACGAGGAGGACGUGGACGAGGCCCCCUUCCGCGAGCUGACCCAGGCCGUCCUCUCCGACUCGCUGCAGCAGAUCGAGGAGGCCCUGUGCACGCUGGAGGAGCACGACCGCAACGUCGAGCGCAGCGGCCGGAUCGUCCGCGAAGUCAAGAGCCUCUUGACCCCCUACACGGAACUCCUGAAGGAGAAAAACAAAGCGGCCAAAAAGAGGCGGCUGACCGGCACCGUCUUCUCGUAG